AUGGGCCUGGGGCUCUUGAGCGCCGUGCUGUUGAUCUUGGGGAGCUCUCUCAUAUAUUCGGAAUACCACUCACUCUUGGAGAAGAGUAGGCUCGGCUCCUCGAGGGCACAGACCGGUGGUCCGGUGGGGGCUGAGGCUGCACCCAGGAAGGCUGGGCAGCAGGGAGAGUAUUGUGGAACAGCACCGCUGGUGGAUGUGUUGAAAGGGUCUCGGAUUAUAGGAGGCACAGAAGCUCAAGCUGGUGCGUGGCCAUGGAUAGUGAGCCUGCAAAUUCAGUCUGGCAGUAUUCCUGCUCAUAUAUGUGGGGGAAGUUUAGUGAAAGAGCAGUGGGUCCUCACAGCCGCCCACUGCAUUAAAGACUCUAGAAAUCCUUUUAUGUGGAGAGCUGUGAUUGGAACUAAUAAAAUUAAUGUGAAUUAUCCAUACACUAAGAAGAUAAAAAUUAAUGCAAUCAUAGUCCAUCCAGACUUCGAUUUGGAAUCUUAUGUAAAUGAUAUAGCGCUUUUUCAUUUAAAAAAAGCAGUGAGGUAUAAUGACUAUAUUCAGCCUAUUUGUCUACCUUUUGAUGUCUUCCAAAACCUGAACCAAAACACAAAAUGUUUCAUAACUGGAUGGGGAAGAACAAAGGAAGAAGGCAAUGGUACAAAUACCUUACAGGAAGCGGAAGUGCAUUAUAUCUCUCGAAACAUUUGUAAUUCUGAGAAGAGUUAUGGGGGAAUAAUUCCUAACACUUCGUUUUGUGCAGGUGAUGAAGAUGGAAUUUUUGAUACUUGCAGGGGUGAUAGUGGUGGACCGUUAAUGUGCUACUUACAAGAACAUAAAAGAUUUUUUGUAAUGGGAAUUACCAGUUAUGGACAUGGCUGUGGUCGAAGAGGUUUUCCUGGUGUCUAUAGUGGACCAUCCUUCCACCAAAAGUGGCUGACAGAACACCUCUCCCAGAGAAGUGCUAAAAGCAUCUCUAAUAUAAAUAUUCUACUUGGACAGGUCUUUAUAGCCUUAGGUUCUGUCAUCUUACUAGCAACUACAUAA